AAUCAAAUGCGAAUUAAAAGCGGUGAAGGCCAUUUUUCCGGCGGCCAUCCAAACAAUUUUAUUAUUUUACACUAGACGGAAAUGGAGUUGCUGAAAUUCUCCAAAUUCAAGCUCCAGCUUCAAACUCUGAUCUCCGAAGUCCGAGAACUCCGAGAAAGGGAACGCUCCGCCGCCGAACAGCUCCGUCUUCUUAUUCAGAAACAAAAGCAAACCGAGGAAGAAUGCGGCAGAAAGUUGCAGGAAUUGCUGGCGGAAUUGGCUUCCUCCAAUGAGCUGCGACAGAAACUCGAAAGAGAGGUGAGUUACCUUCAGAGUGACAAUUCUAUGCUAGAGAACAGGCAAAAGGAGUUGAAGGGAACGAUUCAUAACCUACUCCAGUCCAGGGAAUAUUUCGUCAACACUUGUCAGGAAUCCACUUGUGAAAUGAAACGCUUGAUUCAAUGCAGGGACAGAAAGCUUGCUUUCCUAUCUGAGAAGAUAAAAUCUCAUCUUUUGCUAUUCGAUUCAAUAGAAAAGGAGGCAAUUUUGGUAAAGAAAGUCGUGGAUAAUGUGCAACGCGUUGUUAGUGAGAAAGAGGAAGUAGUGGCAGGCUUAAAGAGCAAAUUGGAUACUGUUUCCACAUUAGAGAAAGUAUUUAUUGGUAACUCCAAUGACCUGGAAAACAAACUAAAAAAUUAUGAAGACGAGACUCGGAGAAAGGAUAAAGCCAUCUCAGAACUAGAAGCUCAGAUGGAGGCAGCAAAAAUUUGUAAUACAAGCCACACACAAAUAGAAGAUCUUCAGAAAGUUAUAUCAGCAAAGGAUGCGGUCAUACAGAAUUUGAUUUCAGAAAAACAGGCAUUGCAUUUUGAAGUUGGAAGUUUGGGGAUUAUCUUAAGGAGGAUUCAAGACACUGUUAAAAGUAUGAAUGAAGAGGUAGAAAAAGUUUCAGUUUGGUUUUAA